ACCCCGACUGCUGCCAUCGUCAGUACGCUACUUCCACAGAAGCGCUCACACCGCUGGGCAUACAUCGACGGUCAUACUUGAUGUGGGUGUAAACUGCGGACUGGAAACCGCUUGCUCCCUUGCUGGGCAACCUCAACUGGGUCUCGUGCUCGGCGGUGCUGUCAAAAGACGCGCUCGCUACACUCUGUCCCUUCAUCCGACUCCGCUUGACUACGAUCAUUUGCCUUGGCUACGGUUAUCGCAAGCACCGACACCGCUAGCGUCUCUUUCUGGUUCGAUCGAAAAUGUCGGGACGUUCGGUAGCUUCCGAUGGCAGCGUGUCCCUUUACCAAUCUAGGCACAUGCCAAUGGCAACGGCAGCUCGAGGCACGGCGCUCCUAUGGGUCGUUCUAGAUCUAGGCCUCACUUGGAGCUCUCUGGUCAUAAGCACGGCCAUCCUUACCUUCAUCAACACUUCGUUGAAGCCGCUGAUCGCCGUCCUCGCCGGGUUGUCAUGUCUUUCAGCUUUGGCGUCGGUUAGGCGAUUCAUGCUCUGCCACCAGAUGCAUCCGACGCGCUUGACUGCUCGGAAUGUGGAGUGUGGGUAUGGAGGAGCGUCGGUAUCUGCCAGGUUGACGGAAUCGCUGCCAGCGGGUUAUGGCACAAGCGGAGCGGCAUCGGCCUCCACCGGCAUGUCAUCUGCGAAUAUGAUUCCCUCCGUUCCUGUCGGGAUGCCAUUCGACCCGCAGACUGCGAACAAGCCGUUGAUCACUGAACGUAAAGACAGCGGAUAUCAUGAGCUGCUUUUCGACACAAUGGACAGCGGUGACCAUCGAUAUGCUGGAGUUGACGAGGAUGAGCUGCGUUCCGAGACAUUGCAGAUCGUCGUGCAUGGCCGGACGUAUGGCGCGCUUGACACCAGGCAUCACUGCGGGGGAACUGCUCCAAGCUCUACCAAUGCAGAGGACUUCUAUGGGGAGCAUCUUUCGCCUGCAGCCGUGUUCGAUGCCAUGGCGACCCAAAGCACAUAUCGUUAUCCGUCGAGUCUCGCGCAGGAACAUAUCGUUGACAUGAUUAUGGAAUCCGAGCUCGACAAGACAUCCUGUUCGUCGGUGCUUACAAAGGCUGCCUCUCAACGGCAAUCGAUGGCAGCGUUCACAAAGCAUGUGGCAUGUAUUGCGUCGGAUGAACGUAAGGACAUAACCACCUCCGUGACGAUUCCGCUCGAUCAGCCGUCGCUCAAAGACGCUCCAUACGUUGCUCACGGCGUAGUGAAUGCGGUCGACUCUCAGCCUCUUCGCAACGAGCAGGUCAUUGGGUGCGCUCUCGCAACUGAAGCGAUUCCCAGCGUCAGUCAGAAUGUCACAGCUACGGGAGUUGACAUGUGCCCAUCUGCACCUAGUCAGAUCUCUAAUGCGUUGCUGGAAGACUUGCACUCGUCGAUGAACGACGUGGAACUCGAGACGGCUAGCAACGUUUUGGUCAACGCCGCUCAGCUUUUGGAGGAGCCCCUACCGGCAAGUCUCCCGGACAUCCAAACCACGAAACUCGCAACACCUCGCAUCGAAGGACCUGAAUCCAUUCUGAAGUCAUCUGGAACAUCACUGCCGGACGUGCAGACUUCGCCAUCCCUGAGCGCGUCGUCAUGCCCUGAUUCAGCGGUCGAACUUCCCGCGUCACCCAGAAUGUUUUGCACAAAAACGGAAGGCCAUGCAAUGGCACUUAUCAAGCUGCCUGGCACAGACAUUGUUGCUUCUCGUCCCUGUCGACUCGCUGAGACACCCGAGUCCCGCUUACGCGUUGGACAGCAGGAUAGACCGAUUCGCUAUAAGAUACCCGUCUUGCUGGCUAUGCGUGCUCGAGCGACGGACAUAUUAGCGACUGUGAACUUGCCAAAGGAGAUCACCAUGCGAUGCGACCCUGCCACAAGCCCUGGUUUGCAGACCAAGGCGCUGGGAGUGCGUCCGGUCCUACCCGUCACCGAAAACCUGGUGGAGAAGUUCGUGCAGUCCUACUGCGGACCCGACGGAUGUCCGUUGAUCACACUUCCGCGCGAGAUACCCGUGGAAACGGACGAGGCGACCGACAUCAUCACACCAUCCGUCGCUUCGGGUACAAUGCAGAUUCCCAAUCGGAUAUGGAAGAACGCGAAGACCUUCUCUGCAUCGGCAAACGACUUUUGCGUCAUGACGUGGAAUGUGCUUGCGCCCAUGUACUGCACGCGGGAGAAGUUUCCGGAUCUGGGUGAAAAGUGGAAGGCGUGGGAGUAUAGGCGGGCGAAAAUUUUGGAUGAGAUUGUGUACUAUGCUGCCGAUGUUGUUUGCUUGCAGGAGCUCACGGAAGCUGAUUUCUUGUACUACUUUGCGCCCCACCUCCACAAACUUGGCUACCGCGGCAUAUACCGCGCCAAAUCCCGCUCCCCUUUAGCUACCGAGCAAGAACUCAACACUACGAGUACCGAUGGGUCCAGCCCUGGCGCGCCGCCCUCUCCCACUCUGACAACACCUGACGGUUGCGCACUAUUUUACAACACGAAAACGUUCCGCCUGCAGUCAGUGCAGACCUUCUCGUACCCGGAGCUCGCCGCCACCAGCCUGCUCUUGCCGGCCACGCAUGAUCUCGGGACGGAUAUGAUGCGGUUCCCCAACACGGCUAUCUGCGCGACAUUGUUCCAUAAAAGCACCCGCAACCGUGUUCGACUCGUGACAACCCAUUUGCAUUGGAACCCUGCACAUGAGCGCACCAAGCUAUUGCAGGCGGCAUGUUUGAUGGAGUUUUUGGCGAAGAUGCAGGCGACGGAUAUGCAGGAUGGCGCGCGCGAGGGACGGGGCAGGAAGGCUGGCGGUUCAAGGACGAACGGUUGUGGGGACUCGCGGAUUCCGAUUGUCAUUGCUGGCGAUCUGAACUCUAUGCCUGCGGAGCGUGUCAUGCGAUUUUUGGAAACGGGUCAGGUUGAUGUGACGGGGGACUGGGGGUGGGCUGGGAAAGAGUAUGGACCGUUCACGACGCCAGAUGAUGGCCAGACUCGGGGAGACGGUACCGCGAAUGCUGGCGACGGAAGUAACGCGGGCGUCACGGCGACGUCUACACAUUUGAAAGCGCCUCUUCGUUUCCGCAACGCGUACGCAGGCGGCGAGCUGCCUUUCACGAACAGAACUGCGACGUUCACUGGUACGAUCGACCACAUGCUUUAUACCCAGGAAUCGCUGACGGUCCGAGACAUGUUGGGUCCGGUCACUGGUCGAUGGCUCGACACCGUGCCCGCGUUGCCGACAGCGAGCGUUUCGAGCGACCACCUUCCGCUUUGCGCGUGGAUGUGCUGGAAGAAUUCUAACAAUGGCGGCAACAAACAACAUGUUGAGCGAUCGCAAGGCGCGCGAUCAAAUCUGCCCCAGUUACCGAAGCACCGAGAGAAACCGUCGGCUGAUGCGUGUAAAGCGGGCUUCACGUACGCGGCGGACAAUUCGGGAGGUAAACGGAAACGACGCAAGCCGAAGAAGAGUGGAGGCGACGGGAGUGUCGAUACCUCUGCCCGCCCACACGGGUCCGCGAACAUUGCGAUAGGGGGAACCACAAAGGCCGGCAAACCUUCCAUUGAUGCAGGAGGAAGGUUGAGGGUUCUUCGCGCCGACGCGAAUGUGGCGAACACCAAUUGGCGUGGUGACAAAGCCCACGCUCGUGACGAACAUGGCAAAAAGGGCAAGCAUCCCCGCAAGCGUCGUGGUGGAGGAAAGGGCAGCGAGGCGGAAGGAAUGGGAUCUCGCACUGAUGAACAAUGGCGUCGCCCGUCUGCGGGUCUCAUCGCCGCUUGUGUCUGAGCAGUUCACCUCGCUUCGCAGUUUAUUUUGGAAAGAUGGAAGGGGGCACUUGUGUGUUCCCGUCAACUUUUUGUAUGCUCUUGUUGUCAAGAGUUUUUGGCUUUGUAGUAGCGUAGGUGCUCUAAUGUCUAAUACGGGGGGGGGGUGUAAUGUUCCCACAAUGAAAGGAGCAUGCUUUUGAAGUUGCCGAUUGGGCUGAGAACCUGACAGCGUGUCAAGUACCACCAUUUACGAGGCAGAAUUCAAAAGAGACAUUGCCACCAGG